UAUCUAGUGUUGAUAGGUAUCUAAGAAGGAAGUCAUCAGACUGCUAUAUAAGAUCCGUAGAGUCAGUCGGUGACCGAAAACAUGGCGUCCGACGUAACUCGACGCUCGUCCCAUCUUUGGGCACUGGUUCUUCUGGUGAUAACCAAUGGAGUCCUGGUGGUCUCUUCGGAGAGACUUCAGAGCAAAAUUACGAAGAGAACCAGAAAUGCCUUCGUCGACCUCGAAGCGCGGAACAACGUGAUAAUCGUGAACAUAAGAAAGGACGACGGCGAGGUCAUGUUAAACUCUCUUCACACUCGAGAGGACGAGCUGAAGGGUUUAACGCAGCCCUUGGUGAUGCAGCCUUCUUGCGGCUUGCACCAAACGUGCUUCCUGAGUGGCAAUGUGUCGAAAACGGUGAUCGAAACCGACCCCUCCGGGAACUCCGUAAAAGUCUCCAGGGUGGUGAACAAGCCAUCGGCCAGGAUAGCCGAUUGCUUCAAAUUAAACGACGACACGGAGUGGUUCGGUGGACCUCAACAGCGGUACCAGCACUGGCCGAUUCAGCACAUGUACUACGAAGAAGUACCCUACGUCCCGACUCACCCUAUAAACAUGGCCAUUACUGAACGAUAUUGGCUCUCCAGCAAGGGAGUGUACAUAUUUGCGAGCGAGAAAGAUCCUCUCUUCUUAGACCAGAACAAUUACAAGGACAAGCACUUGUGUCUGGUCGCGCAGAACAAGUCGCCGUACAGACAGCGCGACCUCGUCACCCUGAAUUACGAAAUUGGGGUGUUCGUUAAUCCGAGGAUUGCUCACGAAGACGCCGUUAAACGACACCUGGGGAAGCCUACUGGUCGACCCGACGAGAGGAUGAUCAAGUAUCCUAUCUGGUCCACGUGGGCUCGAUACAAGAUCAACGUAAACGAGCAGGUCGUCGACGAGCUUGCCAACGAGAUCCUCGCUUACAAGUUCCCCAACAGUCAGCUGGAGAUCGACGACAAUUGGGAGACCUGCUACGGCUCGGCUGUUUUUGAUCCGAAAAAAUUCCCCAACGUGACCCGGAUGACCAGCAGCCUGAAGAAGAAGGGAUUCAGGGUCACGCUUUGGAUCCAUCCGUUCGUGAACAAUCGCUGCGAGCCUACCUACUCGAGUGCUCUUAAAAAUGGGUACUUCGUGAAGAAUCUUCAGGGAAAGGUUCAAAUGCAAUGGUGGCAAGGGAGCGACGCUGCGACCGUGGACUUCACGAAUCCAAAAGCCGUCCAAUGGUGGGUCGGCAGAUUAAAAAAUUUGGUCAAACUGGGAAUCGACAGCUUCAAGUUCGACGCCGGAGAAAUUUCCUGGCUACCUCAAGUACCGUCUUUGAUCGGACCCUUGGACCAGCAACCUGGAAUUUUCACGAAAGAUUACGUGAACGCUCUCGCUAAGAAUUUCGGAAACGCUAUCGAAGUUCGGGUCGGCUGGAGAUCUCAGAAUCUGCCAGUGUUCGUCAGGAUGAUCGACAAGGACACGAGGUGGACAUGGAACAAUGGAAUCCCUACUCUUAUCACGACGUUGCUCCAGAUGAACUUAAACGGAUACGUCCAUGUAUUGCCGGACAUGAUCGGGGGCAAUGGGUACUUGAACAAUUCCUUCAACGGCACGGUUUAUCCUCCGAAGGAAUUAUUUAUCCGGUGGCUUCAAGCUAACGUCUUCAUGCCUUCCCUGCAGUACUCGUUCGUGCCGUGGGACUUUGACAAUGAGACUGUGCAAAUUAGCAAGAAGUUUACCGAUCUGCACGCCAUGGUCACUCCGACGAUUUUGAGGCUCAUGAACGCAGCCGUUCAAACUGGAGCACCUUUGAAUCCUCCAAUUUGGUGGGUCGAUCCAACCAAUCGGAUAGCCCAUAAAGUUAACGACGAAUACCUCCUGGGGCAAGACAUUCUGGUGGCUCCUGUAAUCGAGGAAGGCGCCACAUCUCGUGACGUUUACUUGCCAGCUGGCAGAUGGAAGGACGCAAAUUCCAACACGAUUUACACAGGACCUGUGUGGCUCCGAAAUUAUCCUGCACCGUUGAGUGUACUUCCUUAUUUCGUAAAGGCUUAGAGAGGCGUACGUACCGUGUCAAUUAUUAAUAGGCAGACUUGUGAUAAAAUUAACCACGUUGUGUAUAUAAUAUGAGACGAUUAACAUAAAUUGUUUCGUUAAUCAAUCGAACAAUUGCUCCGAUUUUCGAGUUCGUACGAUCAAUAUGCAAAAAAAAUCCGUCUUUGCAAGCUGGAUAGAGGAUCUACCCACGAUAACUUACCGACAAUUCUCUGACUCGUCGACGGUCGAUGAUACCAACCACUUUCGACUUAUCAACGUGUUAACGCGAGUUUUGUAGAUGGUUACCCCUCGACGGGUGGAAAGUUCAGAUACAGUUGAUACUAGUC